AUGCUACAGUCACCAAAAUUUAAACAACGUGGAUUAAAUUGUGAGCCUCUUGUUUGUAAACUGAAAAAGGCUUUAUAUGGUCUUAAACAAGCCCCUCGAGCUUGGUUUCAGAAGCUGAGAGAGUUUCUGGUCGCCACAAAAUUUGAAAUCUCCAAAGUUGAUAGCUCUCUCUUUAUUCUUCGGCCAGGUGCUCAAUUACUUUAUGUUUUAGUUUAUGUUGAUGACAUUAUCAUCACUGGGAAUGACUCUCAAGCUAUUGAUCAAUUUGUUACUCAGCUCAAUGCUCAGUUUUCUUUAAAAGACCUAGGAAAGUUGAGUUAUUUUCUUGGCAUUGAGGUUCAGUACACGUCAGAAGGAAUGUUUCUGUCUCAAACAAAGUACAUUAGGGAUUUACUUCACAAAGUCUCCAUGGAUAGAUCGAAUGGCCUGCCAACACCAAUGGUCACUAAUUGUCAUAUGUCCGCUGCUGAAGGGAGUCAUGUUGAGGAUGAACAUUACUACAAAAGCAUUGUUUGUGCCUUACAGUAUGUGGUGAUCACCAGACCCGGCAUUGCUUACUCAGCAAACAAGGUGUGUCAGUUCAUGCAUAAGCCGUUGGAUUUACACUUCAAAGCUGUCAAAAGAAUAUUAAGGUAUUUACAAGGGACACUGAGCUAUGGCUUGAAAUUCACUCGAGCCUCUAAAUUUCUACUUGAAAGAUAUUCAGACGCUAGUUGGGGGUCAGAUGUUGAUGAUCGGGGGUUAAUCUCCGGGUUUUGUGUAUUUCUUGGAGGGAAUUCAAUUUAUUGGAGCUCAAAGAAACAACAAGUGGUCUUUAGAUCUACAGCAGAGGCAGAAUACAGGAGUGUUGCUCAUAUAGCUGCAGAAAUGGUUUGGAUUCGGUCCUUGUUAACUGAGUUGUGCAUUCCAGUUUCAACCAAGGGUUUGAUAUGGUGUGACAGCUCAGCUGCGAUUGCAGUAGCAGGAAAUCCUGUUAUGCACUCCAAAUUUAAGCAUGUGGAGUUGGAUGUGUUCUUUGUCAGAAUAAAGUGGCAGUUGGGGUGCUUCAAGUCGGCCAUGUUCCUGGUUCCAACCAGAUUGUGGAUAUACUAA